CAAGGGAGUUGUGAUUGAACACACACACAUUCAUACACAAGGACAUAUUUUUGUUUGCUUACAGUUGUGUGAGUUGAAUUCUUCUCCGACAGAUUUGUAAACUCUUGGACUGACCUGGCAUUAUGAACACCCCUGUGUCGAGUGCUCACAUCUCCCGAUGUGAGGAGAUCUUGCAUUUACUUGGAAACGCAACAUCUGAGGAAAACAGAGAAGGAGACUGUACAAUUGUACAGAAGGCAAGAAAAGACCUUGAGAAGAUAAGGCAACAUGGUGAUCCUCCAGAAAUUACAGUAGCUGUAUAUGGAGACACUGGGGCAGGCAAGUCCUCCCUGUUGAACGCCCUGUUGGAUCAGCCGUCCUUGUUGCCUACGGCUGGAAUGGGAAGAGCAUGUACAUCGGUGGUCAUAAAAAUAGAAGAAAACAAAACAAGCUCUGAUUUUGAAGCGGACAUUGAGUUUCUCACUGCAGAGGAAUGGAGGAAAGAGCUCAAUGUUUUAAAGCAUGACAUGGAUCAGAGCGAUAGUGACAACGAGGAGGAUGCUGGUGUGUGCGAUGCAGCUCAUGCAAAGGUUGCUGCAGUGUAUGGUGCCUUUGAAUCUAAGGACCUUGGUAUCCACCUAGAACGUAAUAGAGACAUUCUUGAACAGCUUGGUACUGUGAUGGAAAUGGGUGACUCAAAUGCAAGAGACCUACAGGACAAGAUCAGGACAUUCAGUGAGACAACUGAUCAUGAUGAACGUCAGUUCUGGCCAUUAGUGAAACAAGUGGUUCUGAAAGUACCAGAUUCAGGCCUGUGUCGGAGCGGCGUUAACUUGGUUGACCUCCCUGGAGUCGGAGAUUCAAACCCAGCAAGAGAAAAUGUUGCCAGAAAGUACAUGCAAUCCUGUGAUGUGCUGCUGGUCGUUACGAAAAUUCAGAGAGCUGUUGACAGCAAAACAGUCAAGCAUACUUUAGGGGACAAACUAUUUCGUCAGCUGUUGAUGGACCACACUAAGACAGUUGUAGCCUGUACACAAGCAGAUGAUGUCAAACCGUCAGAGGUCAUCAGAACACUGAAGUUACCACAGGCAGCAAAGUGGACAGCCGAAGGUCAGCGAUACAAGAAGGAGGAACAAGUCUUGCAACAUAAGUUAGCAGAUUUAAAGAGGGACAAACAGGUGGGAUGCAGUAGUGAAACUGGAGAAAACUAUCUUAUCCAGCAGCAACAACGUCUUCAUGCGGCAAUAGACCAGUUAAAGAGAGAGAAAAAAUCAACGUGUGCUGUUAAAAGGAACGAGUUUGUCAGGAAUAAUAUUCUGCCUAAAAUAUCAAGCCCGUCUACUCCUCAUGAUCAAGACUACCCUCAUGACCUGAAGGUGUUUUGUGUCAGUUCCAGUGACUAUAUCAAUCUAAGCAACCUUCUCACUUGUGACGACGACGAUGACGACAAGCCCCCAGUGUUUCUGUCAACAGAAGAUACCGAAAUCCCUGGUUUAAGAACCUAUCUGCAGGAGCUAGUUUGGGAAAAGCAGAAAAAACACAGGAUGUCUCUGCAAAAUGAUUUCCAGGCAAUCAUAGAUGGCAUAAUGAUGUAUCUGAUCAAUUCAAAAAGAGGAAGGAAGGCCCUGAAGGAAGAGCUGAAACGUCAUCUUGACACAUUACGAGAUGAAGGACAAUUAAUACUAAAUGAGUUAUACUCCCACCUGCAGUCGUCAUGGUUUGCCGUCCUUGGUGUAACUCUUGAUGAAGCAACACAGGAAGCGAUAAGACGGGCAAAACCCGCAGUUGAAUGUUGGGCAAGACCGGUAAACAAGAGACAGAGAGGACAUGGAGGGUUGCAUAGCAACACCUACAAGGCAACUGUGCGCCGAUUGGGAAUCUUUAGAGCAACUGGGAUUGGAUACAUCAUUAAUAUGAAUCAAGUCCUUGCAGAUCCGUUUGUAGAGAUUCUCUCGAAGGAAUGGACGCCUCGUUUCAGUGAACAGGCAUGGAUUGAAACUGUGAAAAGCAAAAUAAAAGAACCUGCCUCCAUCGCCUUAACUCGCUUCACAGAAGCCAUCAUGAAAUCCCUUGGUGACAGUGACGCAACACUUCUAAAGGAUCUGACUCAGUUGAAGACAGAUACAUUUAGAAAAUUAACAAGACUGGAUUCACUCUGGGAGAAAACAAUAGACAGGCAACAAAGAGCAGUAACGCACAUGAUUACAGACUUCGUACAGGAACAAAUGCAGAGCGCAUACAAGCCAUGUAUGGAGCAAGAAGGUCCCGGGGCUAUCAACAGAAUCAAAGACAUCAUGGCAAGCACCAUUGACCAGUUGAAGAGUAACAUGUUUCAGCAGCUCAAGGAAAAGAUCACAGUGUCUCUGGGUCAACUGAAGAAAGGUUUUAUGAGUGGAGCGAAGGAAAUUCUGGAGGACAUUGUUGAAGACACUGAGAAGCAGAUUAUGCCUCUGUGGCAGACACAGGAUGAACCCAUCUAUUUGGAAACUCUGGAAAAGUCUGAGGGCUUGAUCCAAACUCUCACUGAAGAUUUUGCAAAGUACAAAAACGGUCUGCAUGAACCAGACUGUCAUCAGAGCAGCAGUUCGUUGAAGAGACAAGCUGGUGAUAUUCCAACUUUCCCCGUGCCAGGGUCGAAACUCGUAAAACUGAGCGAAGAACGCGAUAAAUCUGGUCCGGAAUAAUUCCCAUGGAAAUAACCUACAUGGUCAUGCUGCACCAGUCACUUUGCAAGCAGAAGGAUUUACAGAUGUAUAGGACUCCUCGAUUAAUGUAUAUCAGGUGCUCCUCUGAGAAUGAGAUAAUAGAAGUUACUGCGCUAUUAAUCCUUGGUUUAUUUAGAAAUAUUCAUAUUCCUCUUCAACUAUGUAACACUAUUUCAACACGUGUGCAUUUCUUUCUUACAUGUGCAUUAUUUUGUUUGUUUGUUUUUGUUGUUGUUUAACGCCGCACUCUGCAAUAUUCCAGCUAUAUGACGGCGGUCUGUAAAAUAAUUGAGUCUGGACCAGACAAUCCAGUGAUCGACAUCAUGAGCAUCGAUCCACGCAUCUUGAUGGAUCAAACAGCUCAUAAUUUCCUGAAGAUGGACAGCGUUUGUUUGGUAAGGUUGUGACCCAUGCGCGACGAUGAUAGACUGAGGGCACAUACGAUCUUGAAAAACCUCAAUAGUGGGCAAACCGUACACUAAGCGGUCACAAAAUCAAACUUUCAACUGCUCCCUUUUAAUCCACAUUCUGCCAAAUUUAAAUCGAUGUACUUCAAGAUUGAGUUCAUGAUUUUGUGUAAAUGAUAUACAAUUAUUUUCGCGGAAAACAUGGCUUACAAUGAUGGUGGUCACACAUCACGGGUCACAAAUCAGGUGGAGGUAAGCAACGUCGGUCUCGGAGUGGAGUUGGAUAGGUGACCGCGUUCAGCAGUCUGCCUCCUGAGAGUUGCCAGGGCUUCGGUCCUGCCCCACACUGAAGCACAUGUAUCAAAUGUGGUGUCUCCGUAGGUAAGUGGUAUUCGAAAUGUGCCUUUGUUCACACAGCAGUGGAGUGGGUACCCGGAGAGAUAAGGUGGUAAUGUGUCUCAAAGGCAGCUUGGGUAGUGUACUCCCUAGGGAGCUGAGAAUAAGAAUCGAACUAUCCACACUGAUCCAUUGACCGGUUUCAUAUUGUAGUGUCUUCAGCACGCUUUUAGGCAUGGAUUUGGCGCAUUAUAAAUAAGGGCAUAGUUAUUGUUAUUUGUUACAUGGGCCACGGGUGGCCCAGUCGUCUAAGGCGCCGCGAUUCGCUGUGCAGAGUUGUGUUCCUUGGGCACGCCAGAAACCUACGUUUGUGGUUUCGAAACCCGUUUCUCCCCGAUUAUGUUUCUAGGUUUGUCAGCACCAUACCCGUACUCAUGG